AUGUCUUAUGUGAGAGAGCUGCUAUUGCUGCCUGUCCUGUGUGGCAUCCUUAGCACCUCCAGCGCAGCAUCCUCAGUAUCCCGUAAGUAGGCUAAAAACACACACACACACACACACACACACACACACACACACACACACACACACACACACACACACACACACACACAAGCAGCCUCGGCUAAUUUGGUAGCCAUGGAUGUAGAUGUGGACUACAGUCAGGACUAAGUAUGAGACCACCACCAAACCAGCAGCUCUAUCAGCAGGGCUCCUGAUCGGACAGUUUGUGUCCCCAGUGUGUGUGUGUGUGUGUGUGUGUGUGUAUAUGCGUGUGUUUGUGUGUGUGUGUGUGCAUGUGUGUGUGCGUGCGCGUUUACUCAGCGUGGUCAACAUCACGAGCUUUCUGUGACUGCUGCUCAUGUUUUACAACAGGAGCAGAGUUAAAGUCAGAUGCUGCUAUCCUGCUCAGUUUUGUGCAGAUUUGCAGGAUAUUAGUUAAAACAUAUAUCAUAUUUGGGGUGUAAACCACACAACCCUUAAAAACUAAUCACAGCACAUAAACAGGCUUAAAGAAGAGACCUUUUCAGAGCUAGAAUUCUUUAAGUAGGCAGAGAUACAUUAAGAGGUAUCACUAAAAAGCAAAUUUAUGAUUUCAAUCCAGGAUGAAUAUCUUGGGUUUGUUUUUCCAAGCAUUUCUCAAUGUAAACAUGAAAUUUAAAUCUACUGGUUAUAAAUUAAAUAUAUGUUUUAUUCUAGCACCCCCUUCACAAAGGACUUGUGGUGUGAGGUAGGCAUGUGCCGAUAUGAAAAAUUUGAUAUCACCAUAUCGGUGGCCCAAAAUAUCACGAUUCACGAUAUUAUCACGAUAUUAGCGCAUCGCUUUUAACGUUAUUAAAAAUGGCAAAAAACUGCGAAAUCACAUCUCUGUGCACAGCAUGACACGCACAAACAAUAUAAGCAAGAGGCAGAUAACGCGACGUUGGGAGCAUUAGCUUUUUGGAGCUAAAGUCAGCAGAAACGUCACUACCGUUGUCAAUAAUAAGCAGUAGAGUAGACCAAACUUUUUGCGGUCAUGUUGGUUUUUCCUUGAUUUUGCCAAACGAUGCUGGAUGGUGUUCAUGGAGGUGGGCACGUAGGUUUGAAGUGUUAGACAACGGCUCUGCAACUUCCUUACGGUAUAACCUGCAGAUUGGUGUCAGGUUUACCUGCUCCGUCUGUUUUGUGAAGCCGUAAAACGUCCAUAUUGCCGACGAAACCUUUUUAAUAGGAGGACACAGCCGAGGCGUUUCGUCAUUCUCAGUCUCCGACUGUUCUUUGUCCGGCUGCAUCGUUACGUUGGUUGGAAGUUGGAACGUGUGCGUCAACUUUUUUUUUCUUUUUCAAACUGUUUCCGGUUCACAGAGUGGACACCUCCAAGAGUGCCUUGGGUGGCCGCAAUGCAUUGUGGGUGGGUGUAAAAUUUCUUCAUCAUCAUGGACGUUUAAUAUUGCAUAUCGCGAUUAAAUUGUAUAUCAGCACAUCCCUAGUGUGAGGUAGCCUAUUGACAAAAAUGACAUUUUAAUGUUUGGGGGGAUUUUGCUGAUAAUGAUUAAUGAUGAUACUUGCAUCUCUCAAAAGUUGUAAAAAAACAGAAGUAUUUUUUGUUUAAAUCUUGUACUGGACUGGCUAAGUCUAUUUGCUGGAUAUCAGAUAUCGAUAAUGCUUUAAAAUAAAACAUCUUGUUUCUGAAGAAGAGGGUAUAAACUCGAAACUUGAUCAUUCAAGUACAUACAAUGAAAAAAAGAGCUGAAAUCAGCAGAGUAGGUAUUAAAGGUCCGAUAUUAUACUCUUUUUCAGCAGGUUCACCUAGCUUUCAGAGGUCCCAGAUCAGUCAAUUUAAGGUUUGUUGUACCGAGCACAAGCUGUUUCUGUGUCCUGCACCUGUUCACGCCUCCUUCAGCACAAGCCACGCCCCUCCCUGUCUCUCUGGAAGAGGAGGGUGUGGCUUGCACUAUGGUACCAUGCACAUACACAGAGUGCUAGGUAUGGCUCAUCAAAGCAAUGUGGUCCAACCGAACCAGUUUGAUCCAGAGUCUGACCCAGAAGGAGAGGCUCCUGGAGAAAUUCCAACUCUGUGGCUGCAGCAGGAGGUUUCUGAAUGGUUAGUUACAAAUAUUAUGUCUCGAUAUUUCUCUUUAUACUUUGUGUGUUGGUACACAGUGACAUGUAGCAAGGUAACAUUAGCUCCUGCUAUUGGUUACAUCUCCUUGUCAGGCCGCUCAAACUACGCAGUUGUGUCCUCUAGAACAGGGAUGGCCAAUCUUUUCAACUCUUGUGUUCAGAAGUUUGUUAUCUUCAGUAUAACUCUGCUCCAAACUCAGUUUCAUCUCUUGUAUUGAAUAGUUAUUUUUGCUUCACUGCCAGCCAGUGACUCAUGUGGUUAUGUUUUAUCAAUUUUACCUUCACUUUAGGUUUUUAUCAUGUAGCGUUACUGUUGUUGUUAUUCACUUUCAUUGUGUAUGCUAACUGUUAUUACAACUGAAAACCAUCCAGCAAAAACUAUACCUUUAUCAGUCCGUAACUUGUCAUACACCAAGUUUUAAAACUCUUCACCUACUAAGGCUACAAAGGCGAUUUGGAGACUUUUGUUAUAAUGGCUGUUAAAUGGUCAGAAAAUGCUCUAAGUCUGAGAGCUUUGGUCCCUUUUUUCUAAGAGUGCUUGUACUUCACUUUUCAGCACCUGAUUCAUGAUUAUUCCACAUGACAUGCAAUUGUCAGCUGUAUGAAGGAAGAAAACCCAAAAACAAACGUGUUCUUUCAUAGAUUUUAUGAGAGCAAAUUUUGUAAUUGCCCAUGAAGUCUUAACUUCACAUUUGAAAAGACCACCUAUACAUGUUUAGAAUCAGAAACAGCCAUUUUUUCGAGUCUAGGACUCUGGGUGUGCAAAUGAUGCACAGUUUGCUUCUUCUGAACACACGUCAAGUUCAGAAGAAGCAUCCUCCAAAUAGCUCUCCUCCAAAUCACUCUCCUCUAAAUAGCUCUCCUCCUCCUCUACAUACUGUAGCAGCCGUUUCAUAUUACUAUAUAUUUACUACUAUUUAAUAAUAUUUAAUACUAUAUUUCCCACUAUUUUGCUUGCUUUGUCUUACUACUCUCUUUUUCCAGUCUCCUUUUCUCCCUCGGCCCUGUCAAAGUUGCAGUUUUGGCGGUGCCGUUCAAGAUUACCGUAAUAUAUGCCAUACAUCACAUAUUGACAAACAGCACAGUUUCUCAGCUGUCUGUCAGCGUUGGAAUUUUUCAGAUUGAGCAAACCUUUGAGGAGUUAAGGUAUUGAGAAGCUGUGUAGCGCUCUGCUGAUACUUCCAGUGUUUUGCAGUGACUGUCUGUAGCGGCCCACUUGGAAUUACUUCGACUGGUGUUACUUUAAUUCUCUCCUCUUUUGACCACUGGCAUUUUGACACCUUCAGACACUGUUAAAACUAUGAAAAAUAAACAGAAAUACAAAUGCCAUAAGUAAAUAAUACACAGAAAUCAUGUUCACAUUUUAAACAUAAACAAGUACAUUUUUAGCAAUAAAUUUUACACGAAUUUACUCUUUUAACUGCUACGUGUUGCAACUCUUAUUUAAAUAAAAAUAAUGACAGUUUCUCAUUGUUUUUGAUAAAAUGAACCACUCUUUUUAUAAUGAACACACCAUCUGUCUCCCCCUACCUUCUGCUUCCAAGGGCGCUAAGUUUCAGCUUAGCCCUCUAGCAACUCAUCUUCCUCACACACAUACCACACGGUAACAGUCCUUACACGAGAAAUGCAAUGACACAUAAAACACGGAGUGAACCACAUUAAAAUGACUGUUUACAAGUUUCAACACAUGUUAGGAAAUGUAAAUAGUUUGUUUGCAUGCUUUACCAACUCUUUUGUAUUGUGAGCAUUGCUGUUUUGCUGAGACAGGAGCCAGAAGUCCAGCAUCUGCAAUAGCAUAUACCCUCCAUACGCUUUGUUGCCUCUCCCAAAACACAUGAAAGCUAGGCUGUUACCUCCUUUUGCACUUACUAAAAGCUACAAUCAUCUUCACAUUAGGACCCCCUUUGUGACUUUGCAAUACCACAACAUAGUACCUUCACCAUGUAAAACAAAAACAGUUUCACAGAUGACUCUGUGUUUCAAGGAAUUUAGCGCUUCUCUCCAUCUCUCAGUCACAGACCAGACGGUUCUCUUCUGAACAUUCAUGGUGGAAUUAAUGUGCCAUGCUACAGCAGGAUGUGUGUAUUCAGCAAACAAGCACUUUUAAUGUCCAUUCUGAGAAUUUCAAAUCCUUUUCCCAAAGGUAUUGCGCGUAAAGGUGGGGUAGGCAGGUAUCUGUUAAAGAAGCAUCUUUUUUUGUAGUGUAUAUACAAAAAAGCUUUUAAGCACCUGUUCUUCCGCCAGAGCCUCCAGUAUUUACUUUGUUUUCUUGCUUGCCAAAGGAGGAUUCAGACAAUUUUCCAUACUUUCUGGUUGGUUUCUACUGUCCGAUAUUGUAGCACAUUAACUCUGUUUGCGCUCGUGCACGUUAUUCGAGGACAUGGAGCUUGCCUCACAACGAGAGGGAGCAGCGUCCGCCUCACAACCAAUCAGGUCGGGGAGGUGAAGAACAGCUUUGUUUACAGUCAGGAUGAGUGGCAGAGAUGGGAAAUUGUGGAGUCACCAAGUCAUCUCCAUGUUAUGUAUUUGUUCUGCUACUGAACCAGGUGCCUUCACUAAUGAGCUCACCUUCCUGGCUGCUCAUUGGAAGCAGCUGGUUCAGUGACAGAGCAGAACAAAUACUUGGUGACUCCACAAUUCCCAUCACUGAUGAGUGGGACGCUCAAACAUUUUACAUAAGAGAGCACAGUGGUAUCGUGAUCUUCCCAAAUGUCAUCAAUAACUAACAGCUAUCGACUGAUAUUAAAACGGAGGUAGACCACUCAGACAAGAGCUAAAAAGCCGGGUCAACAUUAAUCAUUGAAGCAUAAACAUAGACUCUAUGAGCAUAAACGAUGGGGGACGCUUUGGGAUCUUCCGGACCCUGAACCUUUCUGAUGGACAGGUAAACCGCUUAAACAAAGUAAGCCAAGUGUAACUGAAGUGUUUCUUGUUAAACGGGACCUGCUGCAUGUUGUAGCGCUGCUAAACUGUUGACCUCGGGUCCUGGAGUUUGUCAGUUUAUCCUAGUUGUAGAAGUCCUGCAAACAUUGUGUUUGCUGGUAGUCUGUUGGCAUCUACAGUAGCAUCAAUGCUGUUUACUUUCAAGUUGACUCAGCCCCAUUUGUAAUUAUCUUAAGUAUUUAUCUGCAUUAUAUCUGAAUUUAAUUGAAACAAUAAAAAAAGAGGUGAAAGAGUCAUGCUUGUGUUAAUCUCAACUAGUCUGGAAGAGUUUGAUGCUCAGAUUCUGUCGGCUGGAUCAACAAAAGCACAAAUCAAAUCAGUCCUCAGCAGCCUCUCACAGGACUCUACACACAGUCAUUUAAGCUGAAACAGAUAGUGUGUCUGUGACAGUCUGCUUUUAUUAAAUCUAGCCGAUGAUGCUUAUCAGUAACCAUGUCAUACUUCAAAAUAUAAGGAUCAAGCUGGAGAAGAGGAAAGAUCUGAUCAGUGCUUUGAAUGGCAGUACAAGGACACAGGGGCUCUGGUAAUGUUCAGUUGUGCUGUAGUGAAACGUGAUCAUGCUGAGGUGUGUACAUAAUGGUGCAGUGUAGUUUUUGGCAGUGGAACAGAAAAAUACAAAGAUAAUCCCUGCUGUAUUAAACCUGAGUGUAACUGACGUCAUUCGGUACCUGACUAUGAAUUUGUCAUCUGAAUCAAAUAUAUCUGCUGAUUAAAGAGAUUAACUAUCUGUUCUUUAAUCUUUAUAUCAUCUUUAUACAUUCAUUAUGUCAGUGCAAGUAUUUGUUGUUAUGUUGCAGUUUUUCUGAAUCUGAAGGGAGAGUAAAAUCUCUGUGUUCAGUCAACACUGAAGAGUUAUUUUGAUACUGGGUGGUGUGAGCUAACCAACAAGUAAGACACAUUAAGUGUGUGAAUGUGUGGUUAUUGGAAGUGAAAAAUUCCUGUUGGAAAAAAUAACCACACAACACAUGCUGGUUAGAUUUGUCUGAAUUGAUCCAAUUCAGUGAUUCAGAUUUACAACUAAUAAUGUCAUAAAGAUCAGGGUAGUGGCAGUAUCCUGUGCCACAACAGAAACCUCAAUGUGAAGCUGAAAAGCUGUACCAUAGGCUCAUUUCUAUUGGCUUUCAGUGCUGGACUUAGGACUGUUUCAUUACCGACAUUACAUCAACUCUGGAGUAUAAAAACAGUCCUCCACUUCUAAGGUUUGAAAUAAGUCAUCAAAAAUGUGCUAAUGUGGAUCAUGUGAAAGCUGAUCGUCUCAUAACAGAAAGCAAAGAUGUUCCACAAGGAUCAGUUUUGGGUUUAGCUUUACACUGCCUUUAACAACAUAAGUAAAGAUUGAUUAAGAGAGACUAAUUGAGAGUUAUGGUUAAGAAAUUUUAAAAUUGGACACAUAGCUGUCUUAUUGAUUAUCUCUGGGACCAACGAGGAAAACUGGCUGUCAUCACAGAAACAGUCUUUACAAUGUUUCGUUGGAAAAGGGGUGUGGAAUCGAGUAAAGGUCACUCAUCCACUAUGGCGGUUUUAUUUACAAGCAUGCACCCUAAUAUAAGUAUAAUAUAUAACAAUAUAAUGCAUACAAAAAUUUAGAUAAAACAAGAAUAAAAAUGUGGACAUGAUACAGGUGACACGUGAGGGCAGCACGGGCAAUUUGCAUAUGAGAACGGCUUGCAAACAGAUGGCUUGCAACUGUGAACCUGUUUUCAUGGUUCACUUGAAAGUCCUGUUCAAACUACUAACUCAUUCACAAAUGUCACAUAUGUAGUCCACAACCUCUGCAGCACUUAAACAUUGUCUAUCUGUGCUUUUUAGGAUGUUUUACUGGAUUUGACCUUCACAUCCAAAAACAGAGGCUAUUUCUUAUCUUGGCUCGUUGUGCAUGCUCACUUUUAUCCUUUUCUGUGUCUUUAAAACUUGAACUUUGAAACACAGUAAUUGACAUCAGUAACAUUAGUUUUUUAUUUUCCUGAUGACUGUCUAACAUGAGUCUACAAAGUGUUUCACAUGAGUAAAGUAGGAUGAGAGUGGGUCUGAUGACACAAGAUGGGGCUCAGUCUUGUCCCAUCUUUACAUCAAGUCUUUGUAAAAUGAGUAUGACCGAGACCAGCUCUUAAAGAAACUUUGAGAGUAACCCGAGAAACAACAGACCAAAUAAAAAAAUCAAAAUAGUGUAAUUUUCCUUUCUAAACUCUUGCACAGGGUUUUCGCAAUAAUUGUCCAGGUCUGGGUCAAAGCUAAAUUGGUAGACCUGAGGUAGAUCUCACAGUUCUUCAGUUCAAAUCUAAAUUUGUAAGUGUGUGUAGAAACUGGAGAAAAAUCCUGCAGUCUGGACUCAAAGUCUCAUGUUCCCACUAAUGCUGCCUGAUGUUGUCUGCCAAGGCCCACUUAUGGCCAGGUGAUAUGAACGAAAGAGGAGAUUUAUAAGUGAAAAACAUCAAUGAAAGGCAUGGAUUGUUUUCCCCUUCAGCUGAAAUAAUAGAUCAGAGCAUAGAUAAGUUUCAGGGGAUAAACCUCUGCUUAACAGGCUAAAUAUAGUUGGUCAUACCUAGGGCUGGGCGACGUGGGAAAAAGUUUAUCACUAUAUAUUUUUUCAUAUCAGUCGAUAUCGAUAUCAUGGUAUAAAAAAUGAAAUUUAACAGUGCUUAUUGAUAGCAUGUGUUUGCAAUACAAUAAGCUACUGCAUCUGUGAGAUCCUUUUCUCAUAAGGCGUUGCGUUAGAGAAAGCAGACUGAAUGGUCGGCUGUUUAGGCUGCACAGGCACCAUAGGCUCCUUGGGGUUUGUAACCUUUUGCAAUGUACGUGCUCUGCCGUGUGGCACUGCCUCAGGUGGUUAAAAAGAUUUGAGGUAUUCCCUGACUUUAUGAGAACAUGUUCUCGACAUAAUUUGCAGUGCACACCACUCUGCUUCAUGUCCGACCUCAAAAAACAGAAGUACCUCCACACCACUGACGUUUUCGUGCCAGUGUUGUUUGUUGAGCCUUCAUCUGCAUUUCUGCCGCGAGUACCAUUUUUUUUCUUUUAUUCUCGCUGACAGUGCUGUUGGCUUCACGUGUUAAAGUGCUAUAGUUGCGUGUAACUGCAGCCUGCUCCUGUGCAGUUGUUUGCUACUUGGUUCUAAUUCAGCACAUGAUUGGCUCAGCGUGAAGUGAACUCGGAGCAACUCCCCUUUUCAUUGACCAUUUGUAUAGUCUACCAAAAUAUGGCAGAAUGCCAGCUAUCAAAAAGCAUAUUGAUCAUGUUUUAUGACCAUAUUGAGGAAAAUAAUUUUUUUGAUAUAUAUUGUUUUGUCGCCCAGCCUUAGGCAUACCCCAACAAACAUUUGCCCCAUGAUUGAGAUAGAGUUUUUAGAUUAUUUCAAAAGGGUUUGAAUCUCUUUUGAUUGCCUGUAAACAUAAUGUCUGUGUGUCGACUCUGAAAAUCCCUGAAAUCCCUGAAACCUGGAGGGUUUUACACAAGUUUUGCACAAAUAUUGAAGUUUAAGAAACACCUUAUCCAAAGUUUGUGGUCAUAUUUCAAAGGUCUCUGUGUCCCUUUAAAAAACUUAUACCCUCAGUUUCAUGGAAGUACAACCAAGGACCAAACAACAAACUGGAAAACACUCCAGACCCUAAAACUUCAAUGUCAGCUUCACUGUCAAGCUUCGAGGACAUAUUAUUCACUUCAGCACCAAUCAAGCACCACUCAUACAGGAUGAACUGCUUAUAUUUGAGUAAUUUGAGGUCAGAGGUCACUCUCACCUCCAGUCUCAUCAAGCAGCAUGUCUUGUUGGAUAUAGACCUUGAUUUGCAAUUAUAUUAAUUCAUCACUCAAGCUAUUCAUGUAGGUCUCUUGAGCUACUGUAUAAACUGAAAAACAUCAUCAUUGUUCAGUUAACACUGUUGGGUGUUAUGACACUAGGUAAGAGGCUACAGAUCAUGUCUACUAUAUACUUCAAAUACAAACGCACAUGCCUAAUACUGCUGCACAAAUGAUGAAGAAACCAUAAGAGAAAAUGUGAGAUUCUCAGAGAGAUGAACUGCUGCCUUAAUGUUUGGAUUGUUUUCCAGAUUCUUGAUUUAUUGUUCCUUUGAACAGAGUAACACAUGCUUGGCUUGUUUUGUAAUGCAUAUGAAGGAGCUCAUUACCAUACCCUGCACCUGUCACACACACACACACACACACACACACACACACACACACACACACACACACACACACACACACACACACACACACACACACACAGAGUGCUGUGACCCAACCCCCACUCAAAAUUCCAUCUCAUAUCAGGUCCCUUGAGGGUGUGGAGAACAAAGGCCAGCCCAUUGGACUGUGUGUCCAAAAAGGAGGUAGACAGGAAACUGAGACUUGUAGUCAAACUGAGACAAACUGGAUCUAUCUGUACUUGCUGUUAGAUUUUUUAAUCUGACAUGUUAAGACAUUUCUAGAGACCAUUUUGUCCAGUGAUCGGGUGUUCCCUGGCUCAGAAAGAGGCAGAGGUGUUGCCGUCCUACAGACUGUAGGACACUUGCGUAUCUACACGUCUUCAUAAACACAAUUAUUUGGGAAUUCUUAUAACUGUACAGUCCAAUUUUAAAGGUUGUCAAAGAAUCAGCCUUUGUCCAAGGAAACACUUACAGGAAACUUUAAGCAUGAAACACUUAAUGUCUUGCACUUUAAAGGACUCAAGGUCCUUACACACCGGGACCAAUGCAAAUAUACGACACGAAAUUAUGAAAUAUUCAGAGGCGGAUAUACACAUCAAGCCCGAUUUUGCGAUUUUCCGGGAGGAAAAAAGAUGCGUCCCGGGUGGAAGCUUUGUCUCUUUGUAAUGUUCGUGUCUUUAUCAAAAAGCACUCUGUUCUCUGACACGUAAACAAUCAGACAGUUGGCCAUGUUGGAUAUACCGAUGAAUCUGAUGUCGCAACAACACGCAAUCUGAUUGGUCAGAAAUGGACACACAGUAUGCAAAACUUUAAAAAAAUCGACUGUGAAGCGUAAAAGUAAAUGCCGCAAUAUCGCAGGACGGGAAAACGUUAAUGUGAACGCUUGUGUUGACAGGAUACGGGUUACCAAAAAAAUCCUCGCAGUGUGAAAGGACCUUCAGCCUUACUGCUAAAGUACAGGCCGGACACAGGGUCCACACAAAAACAGGACCUGAUCAAAACAGCCUUCAUGCUGUCAGUUUGAUUCUGUAUCAUCUCGGUCUUAAAAUUAACGCUUCAGAGGUGGAUACUGUGCUGGCUCUGGAGUCUGAGACAGAAACAUAACAGGAAGAGAGUCGUGACAUUGAGCUAAAUAUUGUUUGUAUCAUGUCAGUGAAUGAGGCCCUCAUAAAAAAAACCUCUGAUUCUUUCCAAAAAGCAGCAAACGAAGAACCACUCGGCCUACCUGGAGAGGGAUUUUUGUCAGUUGAUUAUAAUGUUUCACUAUAUUAACACAAUUUUAAUGACACUAUUGAUUUGUUGCUAUUGGCUUUUUGCUGCUCAAUUUACUGACUGAAAGAUUGUUUUUCCUUUGAAAUACAUGAAUUUAAGACCUGGAGCACUCAAUCCAGCCUUUGGAGUGUUUAUAAAAGGGGCGAGUAAUUGAACUGAUUACGUAAAGUGUUCUUAUUUUAAUGGUUGAAAAUUAUCACAGGACCAAGACAGGCUCUCUGUUAGUUAUUUGAAAAGGCAAGGGGUAGUCCCUGUAUGUUGGUCAUGUCUGCAUUCAGUAGACGUGUUUUUUUAAGUUUGAUCUGCUGCUGGGUUGGCCAGGGGAGUGCUGGUUGGCUUUCGCAGAGUGAUUUCAUCACCGAUGAUCUUCUGGGCUUUCAAUCUGUUUUCCAUCUUGUUUAGGAAAGUGUGAGGACAGCUUGGCCACUCCUCUUCCUUUCAGCUCCUUCACCUCCUCUUCAGUGUUUGCUCGAGGACAUGAAGCUGGUCAUGCCAAACUCAGUCGAAAACAAGGUAAGCUUUCUGCUAUGAUGCUCCCUCUUGAACUCUUAAUAACUGUAACUAGAGGACAUGGUAUUGGAUACUUCUCUGGUACUUUUGCAUCUCAGUUUGACAUCAUUCAAAGCCAAAAAUGUGGAAAAGGUCCUAAAGUCAAUGUUGCUAAGUCCCACUCUUGACUGUAGGAGCCCAUUCAGUUUUUAGCAUAGACUGUAUUUACUAUGGACAACUUGGUUCCGCCUUCCGCCAGUAUACGGAUUUCAAGUCAAAAAGCUCUUGGUAUUUCUGGGAUUCUCUCCACUUCCUAAAACCAAAAUUGUGCAGUAGCAUUGUACGCAUUCGGAGAGUCGCCAAGAGUCGCUGUGAUGACGCUUGUCUCAAACAGCGUGUCCCCCCGGUGAACUACACGGUAUUCGUACGCCAAUAGUCUGUAUCAAGUGUCAAUCACAGAAAACAUGAACCCCCUAAUAACUUUUAAAAACGGAGCUUCACAGAAAAAAGAGGACUUGAGCACAAACCAGUCUUACAAUAACUACAUGUUAACAUUGCAACCAGAGGAGAAAAAAAAUUAUAUUCUGUGUAAUAAAUUUCUAAAGUCUGUCCACAACUCCAUAAAGAGGCGAGAUUUAUGACCUAUUCUGCAGCCCAUCACCAGAGGGUGCUGUUUUCCCGGUGGCUUCACCCAGCGAGGAGGCAGAUGCUGUCCAUUCUAUAUACAGUCUAUGGUUUGUCGUCAAGGGUUUGCAGUCUACACACUUGGGCCACCAGGUAUCUUGGGAUUUGUCCUGUUGUCUAGUUCUCCCCUCUCCCUCUUUAAGACUCAUUCUUCCCUCAUGUAACCUGGCUCACAGAUUUACAUGGCUCUUUCGGUUGGUGUGAAUCUAUGAAAUGAGUAAAACAAAACAAAAACGUAUUUCAGUUGCUUUGGCUUCAUCUCUUUCCUCAGGAUCAGUAUUUUAGAUGUGACUCCGUUUGUACCUGGAAGUCAGAAGGCAGCAAAAACAGUCAAAAUGUGAUGAGAUAGAAAUAAAGACAGCUGGAUGAUGGAGCUGCAGUAUGGCCAGUAUGAGCUAAAUUUCACAAUAUUUAAUCUGCUUUUUGUGGGGAUGGUAAUAUGAUAGAGUCUAAGAAAAUGCAAACAUAUGUUUACCUGCUAUGACUCCCAAACCCCCCUGCAAGCACACACAAGCACAAGCACACUGUACGAUUAGCAGAAGCGUAUCUUUGCUAUGGUCCAACAGCAACAGAAAAUAGUGUUUCCUCACUUUUCUGGCUGGCAGUUACCAAAAUUGGAAAUAGUGACUCAACCAAAUCUCUGGUCAACCCAGCUCCUGGGAAAGAGGUAGAGCCAAGGCAGGACUUUAACCUCUUCACUAAAAGCUGAAAUUCAGCUACGCCCUUAAUGAUGCCAAACCUGUUAACCAAAAUAUCUUCAAAAUGCAUGAGAUCAAGAAAUUCAGGGAUGGAGAGAUGACCUAUACCUGCCAAAGUUAUAUUUUUGUGCCACUCUGUAUACAUCCUUUUUGUGGUGCCUCUGGUGGACACUUGGUGAACUGUAGUUUUAAAGACUGUGGAAUGAAGUUUUGAACCUGAAACUACUGAUUGGGUCAGCAGUGGUGAAACUCUCUGCACAUUUGUUCAGCAGAUCUCCUUGAAUAAAAAAAACGUGAUAAUUUUUGUUCCAAAUUCUCCAGAUCCAAUUUUCCCCAACCUCUCCCUUUUUUCUUCCUCCCGUCUUUCAACCUGACAACCCCACUGAUACCUGCUAAUAAACUAGGUGCUGGAGGAUGGUCGCCUUCGGAAAAUGACCAUCAACAGUGGUUGCAGGUGGACCUGGGUUCAAGAAAGCAGGUUGUCGCCAUAGCUACACAGGGUCGCUACAGUAGCUCUGACUGGACCAGCAAAUAUCGACUGAUUUACAGUGACACCCAGAAAAACUGGAGGCCUUAUUUACAAGAUGGAAACAUCUGGGUAAGGAAGAGUUCUGCUUUCUUUUCAGAGGCACCUCAUCAUACUGUUUGUGCAGGAACUGUAAUAUAAGAACCAUUGGAAAGAAUCUUUUCAGAUAUAGCAAAGGCUUCUGGUAACUGUGUAUGAAUGAAAGGUUUAUCAAUGGGUAAAUUUACAAGAUAAUAACAAAAACUCUGACGUUAUUCAGAUGUAACACUACAUUAAUCAAACUGACUUUUUUUUUUUUUUUACCAUUGUUUAAAAUGUUGUCCAAGGAAAUCAUUAUUUUGAACAUGUAGCUGUAGAUAUGCAGAGCUACUGUGAACAAAUCUUCAAAGUAUGAUAUUUUUGGACUCAAAUACAGAUUUAGUUCAUGUGAUCCUCAAAUAGCAUCAGAGCCACCUUUGACAUCACAGUCACAGCUAGACAGAAAUGUGCUGGACUUUGUCCCACUUUGCCGAAGAACCACAUUUUUUCUGUUUCAGACCUUUGAGGGAAAUGUGAACAGUGAAGGUGUGGUUCGGUUUGAGCUGCAGCACCCCGUCCUGGCUCGCUUCAUUCGUUUCAUCCCGGUGGACUGGAAUCGAGAAGGACGCAUUGGAGUUCGUCUGGAGCUUUACGGCUGCUCGUAUUGUGAGUAUAUUGAUACUUCAAUUGUGUUGGAUAAAUCAGUUUAGAUACAAACACGGUUUCUUCACACUUUGCCAGAAACCCCGGAGAGAAGUCCUACCAAAUCUAUUUCGAGACAGUUUUCAGUUUCUGAAUGUUUGGACUUGUCCAGUUGACUUUGAGUUUGCUUUUCUAAUCAAACUGUUUUAAAUGAUAGGUAGUUGAUAGGGCUGGAGUCAAUCAACGUCAAUGGAAGUUGGGGAAUCAAUGAAAAUAAGACAAGGUUUCAAUUGAAAGGAUUUAUUUACAAGCCAUCAAGUGUUGUUUGUCUGUAUGUAACAAAAAAGUAAAAAUAUAAACAUAAUUUAUUAAUUGGUUAUCUUUAGACAACAAAGUAAUGCUCACUAAUUUUAAUUUAUUAAUCAGAACCUGAUAGAUUUCAACAAUGCCCUUAACAAAAAACUGAUCAAAUGAAAGAAUUUAAAUUGUCUUCAAAACAGUCUAUAAAUUAAAUACAUUAUACAACACUUACUUUGACGCACUUGACAGCCAGGGUGAAAUAUGUCAGCAGCAGAACAAACUGAACAAUGGGCUCAACAAAGGAGUCCUUAUAAGCUGCCUUUCCAUUACAUUUUUUUGCAAAAUAAAAGCGAUGUUUAUCAAAUUUCGACAAAGUACAAUUGCGAUUUGCGGGUGUUUCCAUUGAAUGGUGUUCAGUGCAUAAGCGAGCCGUCUCACGCCGUGUUUGAAUGGACGUUGCCUAGCAACGAGGUAAACUUCCUGCCCGUGCGACCUCGUAUUCCUUAAGCCUUUUUGCACGCCAACAUGGACGAGACACAAAACAUUUUGCGUUUUGGAGCAGCUAUUUCUGUGACCAUUACUGCUGUUGCCGCUGCUGUCAUCAGAAGACGAAGGCAGCGGAUGAUAAUUCAAAGGCAAAGCCCGUAUGUAUGGGAGCGGACAUGGAUGAGGGAUUUCUGGGAGAGGAUCGUUAAUGAGGAAUUCACAGACGAAUUAUAGAUUCAAAACUUCUGAAAAAUACAAAUACAAUUCAAAACUUCAGAAAUAACUCCGUCUCCUCCCCCGUCCACACAUACCGUGCCAUCUUUGCUUGAAAUGAACUGGUCACACGACCCGCUACGUCACGUCCGGUGACAGAGAAUUGCGAGAAUAGUGUUUCCAUUACACUUUUGCGAUAUACUUCUAUAUCGACACGUCUGAAAAACCACCUCAUGAGAGCGUAAAAACUUUUUAGCGAUAUUUGAAGAGGUUUUUCGAAAUUUAGGUGUUUCCAUUACCAGUUUUCUAUUGCGAUAUUUAGGUUUUGCGCAAAUCUAUGGGUAAUGGAAACGCAGCUACAGACUCCUAAUCAGGCCACAGUGGCUACACCUGUGGUUGAUUGCUGCAGCCUGAGGAGGAGUGCCUGCUGCUCCUCAGUGGAGUCAGGGCAGACAUGAAAGAUUCUAACAUAAACAUCAAACAUUUUAGGAAAAAUGAACUCAGGUUUUCUUUCCUGUUUAACCUCUCAGAUGUUUCCAUUAUUUUCUAUAUUAAUAUUUCAGGAAGAGGCUUGCUUAGCAGCUCUCUGCAAAUUUAAGACACUAUGUUUUCUUAACACUUUAUACUUGGAUCAUUUUCACCCUCAAUCAAUCAAUUAAUCUUUAUUUAUGUCGCGCUAAUUCACAAAAACAGUUUUCUCAAGAGCAUAGGGGAGAGUGGGGUAAGUUGAGCCAAAGGGUAAGUUGAGCCACCCCCUGUUGCUUGGAAAUGGUAAAAGAAAUUGAUCAUGUGACCAAAUAUUUAGGAGAUGGGCAUCAAUUCAUGAAGUAUGUGAAGGUUAGAAGCACAGUGAAAACGUUUUUCACUCUGUAAAGUGAAUUUUGUCUGUCAUAAGUUGAAUGAAAAUUGUGUUCAGACCAAAAAAAGAUCAUUUUAAAUUUGUUUUAUACAUCAAUUGUGGUAUCUUUGAGCUACAACAUGAGGUCAAAAACCUAGCAUAAAAGUCCACCAUUUUAGCUUAGAGCAGAGGUUCUCAAGUCCAGUCCUGGAGGCCCACUGUCCUGCAUGUUUUAGAUGUUUCCCUGCUCCAACACACCUGAUUCAAAUGAUCAGCUCGUUAUUAAGCCAUUACAGAGCUUGAUAACGAGCUGAUCAUUUGAAUCAGGUGUGUUGGAGCAGGGAAACAUAAAAAAACAAGCAGGACAGUGGGCCUCCACUGGACUUCAGAACCACUGGCUUAAGGAUGGGAUGAUAGAGAUGUAAAGAUGGGAUCAGACUAAGCCCUGUUAGAGCCCGGUAUGUAACAAGGAUCUGCAAUGUAACAAAGACCUGAAAUGUAAUUAAAGUAUGUAACUGAACCCAAAAUGUAAUAACUGAUCUAAAAUGUAACAACAUGCUGAGCCCAAAACAUAAGUUUUUGGCUAAAGUGUGACAACUUACUACAUAUUUGGUCAGUUAUAAUAUUUUGUGGUUUAAUUACAUUUUUUUUACAUGCUUCAGAAUGUUUUUACAUGUCUGGUUCUUACAACCCCUAUCUUGUAAGAUCAGACCCACUACCAUCCUGAUAUAGGGAGAUGGAGAAAACAAGAGAUGGACAGAGGAGAGACUGAUAUAGGGCGAUGGAGAAAAAGAGAGAUGGACAGAGGAGAGACUGAUCCUCGUAGAUCAUAAAGCAGACAUGUCGAUAGUGGCAAAAUGUCUGUAGCUCUGUUUCAGAAGAACCGACAACCUUAGGGAGUUUAGGGACUCCCAAAAAAGACUGUUUUUAGUGACUAAUGUAGAGGGUGUCUGCUCCCUACACCUGGCAGACUGGCAGAUGACUCCAGAGCAGAGGGGCCUGAUAACUGAAGGCUCUACUGAGGACCAUAUUGUGGAAAAUAUGCAUAGUAUGCAGCAAAAUCAAUGCAUAGGAGACAGGAUGAGAUCUGAGGAACAGUCUUAUUGUACAGAUGCCGAGGUCAAUAGAGAUGUCACAGAGUCAACACCCAAAUCAUCAGAGGAAGCCCUGAGCUCUCCUCUCACUCACUUUUAAGCUGCUGAGUGUGUGUGUGUGUGUGUGUGUGAACACAAUAGGUGUGUGUUACAUUGUGUAAUAGAGAUGUGCAUCUCAUGUGUAUGCAUGUGUAUGUAUGCGUGAGUCAGAUAGAUGUGUAUUGCAAGUGUAAGUGUACACCCAGUGGGGUUGUCCAAGGACAUGUCUCAGUGUUCUGAAAUUUAACAGAACAUAAAUGUUUCUGGGAAACCAACUUAAUUUUCCUGGUGGUCAUUAGGAUCAAGUCAACUUUUGGUGAACUUAGACAAGUUCAAACUCUGCAGAGCAGCCUGCUUACACAACCUUAAGGUUGUGAGGCUGUGUAAGCAAAGCCAUCUCAGCCUUUUAGAGUCACUUAUCUAAACAUCAAUAAUUGCUCCAGCAACCACUUUUAAAGACUUUCGGUAUGAUGAGCAGACCUGCAUGUUGGGACAACAAUACUCUGGAACAGUAAUAGGAACUACGUGCUUUUACAGAUAUAAUGGUGCCUGAGCAUGAAGAGCUUAGAGGGUCAGAGGAAGGACUUUACGUUUUAAGUAUUGAUAUAGUCUCAGCUAUUUUGUAUCUUUUUAAUGCAUCCUUUUUUGGCUCAAGACUACAAGUUGGUGAAAACAAACAAACAAAAGCCAUAAUUAAUGUAUUUUAAUUCAUACGUACUCCCAGACAUCUACUUUUUCAUGGCUUUAACAAGACCCAAAAUGCAGACUUUGAAAAAAACAAUUUAAUGGACAAAAAGACAAAAUAAAUAGAUAAAAAAUGAUAUUCAGUUAUAAGUAGGACAGAAUGUCUGCUCAGGAUGAGACAGUCUGACCAUCGGAGAAAACAUGUAUAAAGUUUUAUGUCUCCAAAUGUAAACUUCUUGUAAGUGAAUAAAUGACUUUCAUCCUUUCUAUUGCUGUAUUUACAUCAUGAAAUCAUAUCCUGUUUUGGUGUAUAAUUUACUUAUAAUGUCACAAGCUCAAAUUAGACUGUUAUCUUAUUGUGUCCUCUAUAUUCUCAUGUGAAUAUUAUUAGUCAGUUCUAUCAGCUCAUAAAUAAUAUGUAAAGCAUUAAACUUCAAAUGAAAACACUCCUCUGGAGAAGAUAUUAAUUAAGUCACCCUGGGACAAUUAAUGUGUUUUCUUCAUUAAAACAGCAGAAGUCUCUCUUUAUCUUGCAGAGUGUGACAACGUGGGUGAGAUCGUCUCUGUAUUUAUCAUUUGUCACUUAAAUUUUUUUCUUAAAGUAAACACAUGGUCUUUAGUUUUAGUUACUUUUAUUAGGUUUCAGGCUUUCUUACUGCAGUUGUUUCUUGUCAGAGCUGACAUCACGGGAGAAGACCAACUAUGGGAUUUUUUCUUUUGUGAAUUGUUUUUCUUAUGUUUAUAUUUAGCAUUUUUGGGGAAUUUAAGUAUGUAGUUUAUUUAGCUGGAGGUACAGGUGGGUGAAAGAGUUUUUUUUCCCAUUUCUUUGAGACAAAAGAGAUCUUGAGCUCCCCCUUUGUAGGGUUAAGGUUAGGGUUAGGAGACUCAUUUUUGUGAUCAUGGGAAAAGUUGGUUGUUUUUAAUGGAACCGUUGGCCUUCACUGUGAAUAAAAAUCUUCACUUGGGAAAUCAGCAGUCUGAUCGUUGCCUUCCUACCAAAAACUAGUUUACAUAGUGGUUCAACUUUACCUGCACUAAUUUCAAUAAUUUAAAAAUUGACUGAUUUGAUGUUGUGAUUUAACAGGAAGUAAGGUUAGGUAAAAUGUUUGUGAGGUUGAUAAAGAUGCUCAGCCUUCAGAUUGAGCUGUCCCCGGGCCUUCACCUGUUCUGUUAGAAGUAAACAGGACUUUAUUUUGUUUUAACAGGGGCAGAUGUGAUCAGUUUUGAUGGCCAUGGCAUCAUCUCCUACCGCUUCAGGAGCAGAAAGAUGAAGAUUGUAAAGGAUGUUGUCACGCUGAAGUUCAGGACUAUGGCAAGAGAUGGAGUCCUGCUCCAUGGAGAGGGACAGCAGGGAGACUACAUCUCCCUGGAGCUGCACAGAGCAAGACUACAGCUCAGCAUCAACCUAGGUAGCCCUCCAUCAAGUCUGUGGGAUCCCUGAAAAAGUGUUCUCAGACCACUUAGAAAUUCAUAGACGUUUCUGUCUUAAAUAUGACAAAUGUGUUUUUGUGGCUACUCGCCAGGUAGUAACCAGUAUGGGUCCAUUCAGGGUCACACCUCUGUGACCAGUGGGAGCUUACUGGAUGAUGACCACUGGCACUCAGUUGUCAUAGAGCGGUACCGCAGAAAUGUCAACUUCACCCUGGACCAUCACACUCAACAAUUCAGGACCAAUGGAGAGUUUGACCACCUGGAUCUGGACCAUGAGGUAGGGACUUUGUGGGUCAUGCUGUUGAUUGCUUAAGGCUUUUGCUCCUCGUACUCAUACUAACCCCAAAUUUCCACUGCAUGCGGAAUGGCAGCAAAAAGGCGCCAGUGUUUUAAUUUGAAAAGAAGCCGGAUGUUUUAUUUUGUGUCUGUGCCCGACUUCCUUUUCAGGACGGGCUAAUCUGUGCUGAAUUUAUGCAACAUGCUGCGGCGUCCGGAUUACUGAUUAACCAGCUGUUUUAAAUUUUUUUUUUAUGAAGUAUAAUAUGUAUAUAUCUGCAAUACGCUAUAUACUGUAGAUAUACUGUAGGCUACUGCUCUUCAUGUCGACAGGAAAACCGACUAAUCAAACUAGGACCAGAAAAGCGUUAGUAACUGGCCACAACUGAAUUCAGUUCACGAGUUGAUAUCCUGCCUUGUAGUACAGCUGAUCGGGAUUAUGGACCCGGUGAAGUUGAGCGAGUACUGGCAGAGUUAUCCUGGGUGUGUUAAUCCAGCUUCAUGGUACAGGCCUCUGGUCUCCUCAUUUCCCAAACGUUUACACAGUGUUGUUCGUGUUGACCCCGUCCUGACAUUUUUGAACCAUGCACCAGCAUCAGAUGUAAAAUCAGUCUGUAUUCUUCUAUUCACCAAUGAAAAGUUUUGAUUUGAUUGAUAAUAUUAGUUUGUGUUUGGGGGAGGAGGGUUUACAGUGCAUCCGGAAAAUAUUCAUACCACUUCACUUUUUCCACAUUUUGUUAUGUUACAACCUUAUUCUAAAAUGGAUUAAAUUCCCUUUUUCCCUCAAAAAUUCUGCACAAAAUACCCCAUAAUGACAAAAUGAAAAACUUUUUUUAGAACAUUUUGCAAAUUUUUUGUAGAAUUUUUAAGGGAAAAAGGGAAUUAAAUCUAUCUUGGAAUAAGGCUGUAACAUAACAAAAUGUGGAAAAAGUGAAGUGGUAUGAAUACUUUCAGAAAACAGAAAGAGCCACAAAAGCUCAGCUGGUGGCAUCUCCUUAACUACUGUCCACUUGAAAAUGAUUUUACAAAAUAAUUUAUUUUUCAGAUUUUUUUGUGUUUUUAAGACAUUAAAAACUUGAUUUUUAAGAGAAGUUCAACCCCUGAUAACAUAUUUACCUCCUGAACCAUCAAUACUGAAAGAAUCAAACCUGAAGGCCCACAGCUUUCAAAAUCUAUCAGCGACAGUGUCAGUGCAUUUAAAGCUGUAUGCUGAAGUAUACUCCUCAAACCCGGAGCAUUAUAUUAUUAUGUUGACAUUACAGCAUACAAACUGAAAGAAUUGCCAAAAAUGUAGAAUUGCAGAAAAUGGUAGUUAUCUUUGCAAUGUUGCCAAGCUCUAGAGCUCUUGGACCAGUUCUAUCGAUGUCCUAUGGGAUGAUCCUGUGAUGUAUGGAAGUACAACAUGUAAACAGGAUUUUUUUAGAGGCUUGUAACAUAGUAAUUAUUAUUGAUAUUUAUCAUUAUGAAUGUGCCGCUAUUAUCCAGGCCAGAAAACUUCAUUGGUAAUUCAUAGAAAUUCAAGAUGAACUUGAAUUGAAUUGUGAUGAUGCAAAGGUCCGGACAGCAUGUACAACAGAGAUACCGUAAGUCAGUGGUUCUCAAGUCCAGUCCUGCAUGUUUUGGAUGUUUCCCUGCUCCAACACACCUGAUUGAAAUGAUCAGCUCGUUAGUAAGCCUUUACAGAGCUUGAUAAUGAGCUGAUCAUUUGAAUCAGGUGUGUUGGAGCAGGGAAAACAUCCAAAACAUGCAGGACAGUGGGCCUCGAGGACUGGACUUGAGAACCACUGCCAUAAGUGAUGGAGUCCGAACAGUCUCGUCUCCUGUCUCUCCUCAGAUUAGUUUUGGAGGAGUGCCGGUAGCAGUGAAGCCAAACUCAGGAGGUAGAGAGAACUUUAAGGGCUGUAUGGAGGGAAUCACAUACAACGGAGACAAUAUCACCAACCUGGUCCGCAGGAAGAAGGUCGACGUCUCCAGUUUUGUAAGAUAGCUUCCACUGGCUGUGUAUAUGUGUGUGUGUGAUGGUGUGAAAAGAUAAUGUUCCAAUUGAGUUUUAUUAUUUCUUUUACUUCACAAACACUUAAUGUACCUCUUGAAGGAAAGUCCAUCGAAGGAUAAAACUUAAAACUUUUUCAAGUGUUGCCAAAUGUUCACUUAUUCUGAGUUCAUCAUUUUGAUAUCUUUUUCUCCACUCACAGCGUAACCUGACUUUCUCGUGCGCCGAGUCCAACUCUUUCUCGGUCUUCUUCAACUCCACAUCCUUCCUGCGGCUUCCGGGUCAGAGCGACAGUGACACCCUGUCAGUCAGCCUGUCUUUUAGGACUUGGAACCCAAAUGGGCUUCUGAUGUUCACAGCUCUGGCUUACGGCUGGGUGGAGGUGGGACUGACGGAGGGGAAGGUUACUGUCCAUGUUAAUGUAACACAAAGGAACACACGCAUUGACAUCUCCUCAGGUGAGUUCAGCUCUUGCAGAAUGGAGCUGCAGUGAGUUUCAAGUAUUUGAACUCACUCUAAACACUUUUUUUUGUUCAUUUUUUGUUUGAAUUUAUUUUGGAUUGGGGCGACAUGUUGCAAACGGGUACUGUGUUUGCAGAAAAGCAAAGCGACAACAGCCAUAGCUAAUAUCCAUGUCAUAUCAUAUAAUUUACAUUUACCUAAUACUGAGCAGAGCAAUGAGAUUUGACAUAUCAGACAUUUAUGUUGCAGGCCCAGUUCUUGCUGUUGUGGUCGGGCCUAUUACAGCUGACUCUUGAUGAGUUUGAAAUAAUAAGCUAAGACAAGUUUAAUAGGAUUUUGAUUUUGGUCUGAACACGGUGUCAAAUGUCACUCACUGAAAUGUACUUUGUGUCGCAGGUUCAGGGCUGAAUGAUGGCCAGUGGCACAGUGUCCAUCUGAAUGCGUUAGAGUACUACGCCAUGCUGACAGUUGAUGGCGAUGAGGCGUCCACCGUCAGAACAGCCAUCCCCAUCCAGAUCCAGACUGGAGGAACCUACUACUUUGGAGGUGAUUUCUGAAAAACACAGUUUACCACCCAAAGAAAUUCACUUUGUAAAUACUUUAAUCCAGUUAUGAAAUCAAAAUAUCUGCUCAUCGUAUUGAAUUAAUCAAUUAUAAGUGCAGAUGCUGAGGAAGUGAUUUGGCAAAUAUACAAAUUCUGUCUAUAUCAAAAUUAUAUUUGUGUAUGAAAUAUGCCAGCAGGAAUUAAAAUAAACAUCUUUGUUCUGAGAGAAAUAGUGAAGUGAUUCAAAACCUUUACACAGUAAAUGAAUCUCUUUUUUUACGACCCAGAGUUAAACGGUAAGUUUGUGCUGUUUUAGAGUUGGAGAAGUCGAUCUUUCUGAGCCGUUGUUGACUUUUGUCAUUGUUGUAUAUUAUGUAGAUGACAGCUGUUCACAAUCUGAUUGUAUCACCAGUUUAAAGAGGACAUGAAACACACCACAUUGGCAUCCUCACGUGGUAAAAAAUUAAUUAGGAGAGUCUGAAAUAUUUAUUUGUGUAAAAAAUCAGCUGUUUAAUAGGAAAACUGUGUAUUUACGACAUGCACACAGCGCCAUCUUGAGUUUAUGACAGUUGUGACGUCGCGGGUUGUGCAGAAACAGAGCGGUGAAAUUGUAAUUAGUGUACGUGAAAAUAUAUAACGUCCUAAACUCUGUCCACCACACAUCCAAGCAGAGACAUAACUGAUCAAACCUUAAGGAAAUAUUUCUUACCUUCACUCUGGAGUAGGCCUGGACGAUAUAGAAAAAAAGCAUAUCGAUAAAAAAUAAAUCAUAUUGAUCGAUAUCGAUAAUUAUCGAUAUAAUUAUUAUAAUUAUUUAACAUAUAUUUUAAUUGCAGCCCUGGAUGUUUUAUGCUAUUGCUUAAUGACCUACUUUUAAUAAAGAACACACAAGCACUGAAAUCAAAUUCAAACCUUUAUUCAACCACCUUUUUAUUCUUUUUUACCACAACUGAAAGUUUUUUAAAAAAGAACUUAAAAAAAAAAAAAAGAAAUCAACUUAAGUGGCCUGAGUGACUUCAGUAAAUACUGACAAACAUAAAGACUAAAGUGACCAGAAAAUCUGAUAAAUAAAUAUUUAAAUAGUCUUUUGAUGAAAAUAAACAAAACAAACAAAUAUAUAAAUAAACAGAAUAGCUUUAGGUGGGAAUAGCAUACUACCAGUUUUAACUGUGUGAGAAACUGCCCACAGCCUGGUGUCUGAACACUGAAAUAUUUCUCCCGGGGUCGGGAGAUUUAUUUUUUUUAAUUAUCAUGUGAUUGACUUAAUACGCAAACUGAGCACGAGAAGCAGGACUUAUCCACGCCGGUGUUGUGUCGUAGAAUGCACCCCUGCCGAACGCACCCCCUGCUAGUAGCCGUGAUCCAAAUACUCGCGUCUUUAUAAAAUAUGAGUUCAUUUUCUUCCACUUUAAGAAGCUAAUGAGUGGACGGGAUGCAGGGGUGCAUUCUACAGCACAACACCGGAACGUAUUUCCUCCGCACCGUUCUCAGCUUUUCAACCCCUGACCCAUUUUCAUGCCUGAAGCGCUGUGUUUGAGAAAUACUUGCGGCCGGGCACUUCAAUCGCGGGUCGAGAGUGGCUAGAAGCUGGUCGAAGCCAGGCUUUUCAACGGUAGUUAUUGGCAGUAUGUCCCUCGCUAUGAAGCAUGUUACUGCAUGGGUGAUGUCCUUAUGCCGCUUGGACGCUUUGUUGUAGUUUUGGCAAGAAACACAGUCCAGUUUGGUCUGCUUCACUUGCUUUGUGCUGGUGCUGGCAGCGGUUCCAGAGGAUUCCUCCGACGACGACGUGGAGCCGCGGCGCGGCCGACACAGCUCGUACUCCUGCGGGUGCGAUCGGUUUAGAUGGUAGAACAAGUUGGUUGUGUUACCAGACUUGGUUUUUACUAAUUCUCUGCAAAUUUUGCAAACGACCGCUGUUCGCUUUUUGUCAGACUUGUAAAAACCAAAACACUGCCAUGCUGGUGAACUACUGAAACCUUUUUUCGGGACAAUUUCCUCCGCUUCUCCUUGCUGUAACAUUAUUUCUAAUACACGUGCUGUCUGUUGUGGUUUGAGAGGGGCUGGGCUUGGUGCUGUAGCGUACCUGGGUCUGCGUUUGUGAUUGGUUGGGAGGAAGUAAUGACUGUAGUAAAAGCUACAUGAUAGGCUAUGAUGAAAAAGAAAGGGAAACUGUGUUUUUCUAUCGAACUUUUUAUUGACCCGUUUUUUUUCUAUCGCACCACACGUCUAUCGAUCGAUAUAUAUUGUUAUCGAAUUAUCGUCCAGCACUACUCUGGAGUCAGCAUUAUCAGUCAUCCAGCUCCAGCAGUUUACUAAUCCAUCGAUAUUAUUCACAUCCUGUUUCUCGCAGUCAGCGCGUUUCAUCCAUUUCAUAAUUUUCAAAUGAUGAAAAUGCAACGUUUUUUUAUUUCUUACGUUGUAAAAUUGGUUGGAGCAGCCUGGUGCAAAACAAAAUACCCCUCCUCUAGUGUGUUUACUCGUCUUUAGCUCUCAUUCACUAUUUCAGCCACCCUAAUCUGCUCUCAUUCAAUUGUCAAUACGCAGGCUACACAACCGAUUACGUCACGUGAAGUGGUACUGCUAGAGUGGAACUUCUGUCACAGUUUUCUAGAAAUGUAUUACAGUCAUGAAUACAAUGAUUUGUGAAGUCGAGAGGCAUUCUUAAAAAUAAUGAUAACUUGGGUCAGUGUUUCAUGUCCUCUUUAACUUACAAAAGUCACAGCACACACAUUUCCUAGACCGGCAAAGUCUUUGGGCUUUGUACUCAGAGAUGGGGGGCUACAAAAAGUUCUUGACUUCCCUGUUCAUGUCAUUAGCGGUGGGUGUUGCGUAGUCCUCCUCUCAAUAAAGAGCCAUGGUGGACACCUGGCCCACAGCUGCAGCCUUCUGGCUGAGUGCAGCACCUCCAGUUGGUACUGAAACCUGCUUUAAACUGUAAACUUGCCCUAGUAAUUGAGGGUAAUUUGAGACACUUCCUGAUAUCGAAUAAUUAAGAAACUUGGUGCUUUAACAUGUGCUCAACAAUCAUUUACUUAAUUCAGUGGUUCUCAAGUCUAGUCCUAGAGGCCCACUGUCCUGCAUGUUUUGGAUGUUUCCCUGCUCCAACACACCUGAUUCAAAUGAUCAGCUCGUUAUCAAGAUCUGUAAUGGCUUAAUAACGAGCUGAUCAUUUGAAUCAGGUGUGUUGGAGCAGGGAAACAUCCAAAACAUGCAGGACAGUGGGCCUCCAGGACUGGACUGGAGAACCACUGAUUUAAUACAUGAAUUAUUGUCAACAUCUCCACUGUGACCCCAGCUUUGUUGACUGUGGUCAUGUUAGAAGUAUUUGAGGUUUGUCUGCAUUAAAACCAGGUCACAGUUUGAUUUUCUGCAGCUGGAAAGCCUGAUAGAUACUUAGUUAAGAGUAAGUUUUUUGUUUACAUAUUUCACAGAAGUAGAGAAAAGCAGAUAAAGUAAUGUAGCACAGAUGAUGUGGCAAUAAAACAAUUUUGUAAAGUCUCCUUACCACAGUGGGACGUGGUAAGGAAAGGGGGUCUGUCUAUAGCAGAAAGAUAAAGUCCCCCUCACAGUCCAGACAAUGGUGGUGGGAUUGUUUGACAAAACAAAACCCUCUUAGGCUCAGGAACAAGCUGUCAAAACGCUUUCAUCCAAAAUGGCCAAAUUUGUCUACAGAGCUGGAAAAUAAAAAUAGAAAAUAAAAUAACUGAUUCAUCCUCUGCUGAAGAUAAGGCCUGGAUACUGUGCAUAGAUCUCAAUGAUAGAAAAAGCAGGUGUAUUGUUCAGGAAAGAGGAGAACUUCCUGUAUGUCUUUAGCUACGAAGAGGAUGGGAAGACUGCAGAGUGUCCAGGAGUCCACAGUAACAGUUUCUUCCGGGGUUUUCACAGCUUUGACUUUACAUGUUUCUCUUCAGGUUUCUUCCUACCUACUAACAGCCGAUCACUGCAGCGCUCCUUUCAGGGCUGCAUGCAGAUGAUCCACAUAGACGACCAUCUGGCUGACCUCAGGGCUGUGGAGCAGGGCCUCAUUGGAACCUUUGAAAACGUCAGCUUGGAUAUGUGUGCUAUCAUUGACAGGUACACAGUUUUUAAAAGAGUUAAAAAAAUCACCUGGAGACAAAAAAAGGGUCUGUUUCUCACUCUUCAUGAUGUUCUCUGUUCAUCUAUGUGUCAGGUGUGUACCUAACCACUGUGAGCACAGCGGUCGCUGUACACAGACUUGGGAUUCAUUCAGUUGUGACUGUAGUGGCACAGGCUACACUGGAGCCACCUGCCAUACUUGUAAGUACACACACACACACACACACACACACACACACACACACACACACACAGGGAUGACUGAUCUUUACAGGGUUGUUGUGUCUCUUCCAAAGCCAUGUAUCAGCAGUCCUGUGAGGAAUAUAAGCACCAGGGGAAGAACUCAGGGAGCUACUGGGUCGACCCAGACGGCAGUGGACCUAUCGCCCCCUUCAAAGUCAACUGCGACAUGACAGGUGAGAUAUUACCUAAAGCAGUGGUUCUAAAGUCCAGUCCUGGAGGCCCACUGUCCUGCAUGUUUUGGAUGUUUCCCUGCUCCAACACACCUGAUUCAAAUGAUCAGCUCGUUAUUAAGCCAUUACAGAGCUUGAUAACGAGCUGAUCAUUUGAAUCAGGUGGACUUGAGAACCACUGGUCUAAAGACUACCUGCAUAGUCUGUUUGUGGUACAAAGGCACCAUAAAUGUGUGUAUGGCCAAAUGUGGCCUGAAACAUCAAUCAGCUUUUACCUAAAAUCUUUUCAUGGGGUCCUGCCUCUUUGAAAAAAAACAGCCCUGCUACUUCAAUAAAUAAUGUAAGUCCCUCUGAGACUCUGAGACUCUGAGAUCAGAGACAUGAUGGUCUGCAAUGACCAUCCUUUAAAGGUGAGGUAGGCAGGAUCUGAGGAAGUGUCAAUUUUGAGGAGAAAUCUUCAAUGUAAGCUCUACCCCUCCUAACCAGUUUUCCCCUCAGCUCCUCCUCUCCCCUCUGUCUCUGCUCCAGAAAGCUCCGCCCACAAACAGACACUCCUGCUCGCUCGUAUCAUUUCAAUUAAAUUCAGAUAUAAUGCAGAUAAAUACUUAAGAUAAUUACAAAUGGAGCCCAGUCUAUGUGAAAGUAAAAAACACUGGUGCUACUGCAGAUGGUAAUAGACUACCAGCAAACACAAUGUUUGCAGGACUUCUACAACUAAGAUAAAGUGACACUCCAGGACCCGAGGUGAACAGUUUAGUGGCGCUACAACACGCAGCAGGUCCUGUCUGACAAGAAACACUUCUGUUACACUUGGCUGACUUUGUUAAAGUGGUUUACCUGUCAAGCAGAAAGAUUACAGGGUCCAUAAGAUCCUGAAGCGUCCCCUAUCAUUUUUGAUUCCGGAUGCUGACCCAGCUUUUUAGCUCUUGUUUGGUCUACCUCCGUUUUAAGCGCCCGUUAUUUCACCAGAGUCUCCGAUAUUUACUUAGUUUUCUUGCUUGUGUUAGCAAUUGUGGCCAAAGGAGGAUUCAGACAAUUUUCUGUACUUUCUGGUUGGUUUCUACUGUCCGAUAUUGUAGCACAUUAACUUUGUUUGGGCUCCUGAACGACACGGGGGAACAGCGUCUGCCUCACAACCAAUCAGGUCGGGGAGGUGGAGAACAGCUUUGUUUACAGUCAGAAAGAGCAGCCCACUCAAAAAUGUUAAAAAGUUGACUACACAGACAUAACGAAACACAGUGAUAUCGUUAUAAUACCAAAUGUCAUCAAUAACUAAUAGCUAUUGACUGAUAUUAAAAGCUUUUUUGUAUAAACACCACAAAAAAAAGAUGCUUCUUUAACGGAUUCCUACCUACCCCACCUUUAAAUUUCAGUUUGUAAGCGCCUCUGGAAAUGCACUUACUGAGCAAAAGUACAAAGUGCCUGUGUGAAGGACAGCGUACAGCUUUUCUGUGCAAACAAGCUAAACCUCAUCUCAGCCUUUGAGACUUCACUCAUUGUUUCCCUGCUGCACUGAAUCUGCAUCAAUGUCAUGCAGUGUGUGCUCUUCACUUUCAUCUGUAAAGCCACGCUUACUGGAUGCCUUUUCCCUGCUGCUGAGUUUCCAGCUGAUGUGUCCCAAUGUGACUCACGGUUAACUCGUGUCCAUCUGCCUCUGUGACAUGCUCUGAUGAAACCAGCAAGGAGUCCUCUUGUCUGUGUGUUAUUGUGCCAAACAGUUAGAAUGAUUAUGCAGCUGAUGCUUGGUAGGCAACAUACAAUGAACCACAAUAACCCCUUGAAUGCAGUAAAGAUAGAGCCUGAUUUGAAAAUGUAAGUAGUCAAAGUUCAGAUUUUGGAAGCAGUGUUGUUUUCGUUGACGGUGACACUGAUGUCAACGUCAUCGUCAACGAAAACAACACUGGUUGUUUUCUUGAUGAAAAUAUGUCAUCGACGCCCCUUUUUUUCCACGACAAAGACGUGACGUCGACGAGCUAAACAUAAGUCUUAGAUGACGAAAAUGUGACGAGACGAAUGUGCGUUUACAUUGACGAGAUGAGAAUAGACGAAAAUGUUAGUUGUGGAUGACGAACAGAGUUGCAAAAUUCAUGAGCAUUUCGUCAGUCAAAUGCUAAACAUGUAUUCUGCAGUGUUGUUUUCAUUGACGUUGACGAAAUAUUUUCGGCAAAAUAUUUUCGUCAGCGUCAUCGUCAAUGAAAACAACACUGCCUGGAGGUUAAGAUAAAAAAUGUCAGAAAUAAAAAUGUAGAUAUGUCUGAUAUUUGACUUGACACUAAUUAAGGUUUGAUGUUUGAGUUUCUGUCUAUAAUUUCUGAGGUUUUGUAAAUCUACAAACAUAUUGUAUGAUGUGAGUGAAACUACUGACCAAACAUUUUUCCUGGUCCUACAGAGGAGAAGGUCUGGACCACACUAAAGAACAAUCUGUCCCCUCAGACAUCAGUGACCAGUACAGUCCAAGACAGGAAGGCAGUUUUGCAGAUCACCUACAAUGUGACUGAUGAACAGGUACGCAACAGCUACACACUCACAUCCACUACACAGUGUGCCCUGUUGUGGCCAAAGCUGCAACGUCAUUUCUGUUUCCAUUCUGAAGGCCCAACUAUCGCAACCUAUCAUUCCUAGUUUUUGACUUAAUUUCUUCGGAUUAUUGGAAGUGUGAAUGAAAUCCAAAUUCUUGGAAAUUUUAUUCAAAGGAAAACUUUUAGUAAUCAACCUCUUUCCAUUUUUCCUUCUGAGACUCAGCCAGAAUGUCCCUUUAUACCUAGUCAUGUUCACUUAUCAUUUCUUACUUGUGCUUUUUUUUAAACAUCCACCCAUUCAUCCAUUUUCUACUGCUUUUCCUGUUGGGGGUUGCAAGGGGGCUGGAAUCUAUCCCAGCAUCUUCGCAUUCAAAAACAUGGACCUUGUUGCCCCUCUUUUGAACAUGUUCAUCAAAUUAAAAAUCAGCGCUUAUUUUCACCGAACAGUAUUUUUUUGUCUUUGCAUUUUUUCAGUUAAAUAUAAGGUCUAAAUGAUUUGAAAACCUUAAAAAAGUGGUUUUAUUAUGUGUGACACAGCAUCACUACUUCUUUGGAAUUGGGGUUUUGAUACAGAGAAAAUUAUUUAUUACUGAAAAUGUGAAAUUAAAAAAGAAAAUAAAGACUAGUAAAUACUUGUUUUGGAGUAAUUCUGAUACUGGUAGUUAUGCACCAACAAUAUAGCUUUAUACUUAAAGGCAAAUUUCACCAAACAACAGUAUAUUCAAAUCAACACAUAUUUGGUCACUUAUCUGCCAGUUGUUAUGUUUUGGUAGCAUAGUCUAAAUAACUGUUCAGUUCUACUCUUCUUUAAAAUGGAUAAGCUGACUUUGACACCUUGGUUGUUUGUAAUAGAAAACUCUUUUGUCUCCCUCUCUCUCAUCAUUGUGGGACCAGGUUUUGUCAGUCACCAGAAGUGCAGGCUACUGUGAACAGUUUGUUGCUUACGCCUGCCGAACGUCUCGUCUCCUCAACACUCCAGGUAAAUAUCUUCUUCAGCACACACCUGUACUUUAAACAUAGACUGUAUAUACUAUGGACAACUUGGUUCCGCCUCCCUCUUGUAUACGGAUUUGAAGCCAAAAAGCUCUCGGUAUUUCCGGGAUUUUUCUUCAUUUCCUGAAACCAGCGCUGCGCAGUAGCGUUGUGCGCAUUCGGUAGGAGAGUCGCUGAGAGUCACUGUGAUGACGCUCGGCUCAGACAGCGUAUCCCCGGGUGAGCUACGCAAUCCCUGAACGCCAAUAGGCUGUAUCAGGUGUCAAUCAAAGAAAACAUGAACCCUCUAAUAACUUUUAAAAACGGAGCUUCACAGAAAAAAGAGGACUUGAGCACAAACCAGUCUAACUGUAACUACAUGUCAACACUGCAAGCAGGGGGGAGAAAAAUUUAUGUUCAGUAUAAUACAUUUCUAAAGUUUGUCCACAGCUCCAUAAGCUUUGUGGGCGGAGGCGUGAUUUAUGACCUUUACUGCAGCCUGUCAACAGAGGGUUAUAUACCAGUGGUUCUCAAGUCCAGUCCUCGAGGCCCACUGUCAUGCAUGUUUUGGAUGUCUCCCUGCUCCAACACACCUGAUUCAAAUGAUCAGCUCGUUAGUAAGCCAUUACAGAGCUUGAUAACGAGCUGAUCAUCUGAAUCAGGUGUGUUGGAGCAGGGAGACAUCCAAAACAUGCAUGACAGUGGGCCUCGAUGACUGGACUUGAGAACCACUGCUAUAUACAGUCUAUGACUAUAACCUGUACGAUAUCAGUCAGUAAUGUAAGGAUCUUUACAACCAGUUUUAGGGCGCUAUGAUGGUUCUUAUUUGCUUUUUGUGCAAUAUUGAAAACAGGCUAUUACCUAUCAAUAUAUCACUUUUUUAAAAAGCAUUUUUUAUCCAGUUGACGCAAAGUUCAGUCAGAACUACUUUCCUUAAAAAGUGAACUGCUUUAAUGCAGCAGUUAUAUUUGGAGGUAUGGCUUUGUCCUCCCACAUGCUUAUGGGGAAUGCCAAACCCUUAGGUGAGAGGAGGUAACUUCCCCUUCUAAUUCAUGUGCGUACAUGAAGAGUUAAAGGGAUAUUCUGGCGUAAAAUUAAGUUAAAGUCAAACACUGUCAACACCGAGUUAGACUCCCCCUUGAGAGAUGAAUUUUGCCGACCGCUUGUUUCUCUAGUCAUACCAACUUUAGUAAUGAUCGCAUGAUAGCAAUACACAGCGGUCCAUGGCUCCACGUUCGAACCUCAACCAAAAAGCCACUCUAUAGCCACAAAUAAUGCUCAGAACAGCACCUAACUUCAUCAACAGUACAUAUAGGGUCCCAGCCAUAGUACUAGCCACCAAACAUCUUUAGCUUUGCCUGGUUUCUUUAGCAAAGAGACUGAACACAACUCACCCCUUCUCCUCCAGGAGCCGCUUGUUUGUGACGGAGCCCUGACAAGUCGAUCACAGAAUGCAGCGGGAAGGAAGGAAAUUUAUGAUUAUUACUUCAUGGAAAUGCAAUCAGAGUUCUUGUGUAUCUUGUAUGUCAGUUUAUAACUAAUAUCAUCAAGUGCUGGCGGGGAAAUGAUGAUCAUGAUAAUUUUAACUUCCCUUCUUCACCUUGCUGCUGUCUCCUCACUCUUCAUGAGAUAGACAAUAUUGUUGGUUUCCCCUGCAAAUACAUAAAGUUAAGAAUGCUCAUCUGCGCUCAUUUCCCCGCCAGCACAUGGUAAUAACAGUUAUAAGCUUACAUACAAGAUACAUAGGAACUCUGAUUGCAUUUCCAUGAAGUAAUGAUCAUAAAUGUUCUUCCUUGAGCUGAGAAACUGAGCACUCUGUGAUCACCUCGUCAGGGCUCCCCCACAAACAAGCGGCUGCUGGAGGAGAGUGGGUGAGUCGUGUUUGGUCUCUUUGCUAAAGAACCAGGCAAAGCUAAAAAGAUGUUUGAUGGCUAGUACUAUGGCUGGGACCCUAUAUGUGCUGUUGAUGAAGGUAGGUAGCGUUAUUUGUGGCUAUAGAGUGGCUUUUGGGUUGAGGUUUGCACGUGGAGACAUAGACUGCUGAGUAUUGCUACCGUGCGAUCAUUACUAAAGUUAGUAUGACCAGUGAAACAAGCAGUUGGAAACUUUCAUCUCUUGAGGGGGUGUCUAACUUGGUUUUAUGCUGUAAUGUCUCUUAAAGGCAGGCAGAGCGGCAGCAGCAAAACAAUUUAAAAGAGGACAGAGCCAUGAACACCAUGAUUUUAACAUUUUAAUAUGAUUUUUUUUUCUAUGUUUUCUUGAUCAUUCUAAUGACAUAUUCCUUCAUAGCCAACAUAUAUUCAAGAUUUUUAUUCAGAAUUCUCUGCAGAACAAUCAGCUUAACAUUUUCAACACAUAAGAGAGAUUAGAGUUCACUGACUUCCCUCUGUUUGUUUGACCUGCAGAUGGUGCCCCGUUGACUUGGUGGGUAGGAAGAGCCAAUGAGAGGCAUUUUUACUGGGGGGGUUCAGGACCAGGGAUACAGAAGUGUUCAUGUGGCAUUGAACACAACUGUACGAACCCUGAAUACUUCUGCAACUGUGACGCUGACCUUCGUUCCUGGUGAGUAGACCACAGCCCAGACCCCUGAAUCCUUCGUUGAACUCUUUGUGGUUGACUGACAAUUGAUGUCAGAGGCUGUUUCUUUCUAAAUACUUACAGUAGCUACGUAAUUUAAUGUUAUAGAUCAUUCCAAGUGAUCAGUGGUAAAGAUUUACAGUCGUUUGAAAUAAGUGCUGAGAGGAUGAAAAGGAUCAAACUCUGUAAUUACUCUGUAAUAAGCUGUUUAUGUUGUAUUCCUCUGUAAACAGUAAAGUAGCUGUGUAAAAACAGCUUCAUAUGUCAUCCGUGAUAUAACCCUGUUUUACCAAGUGUGAUGAAUCUUAUCUGUGUGUUUUUGCAUAGGAGGGAAGAUGCAGGCCUGCUGGUUUACAAAGACCAUUUGCCAGUCAGUCAGGUUGUCGUUGGGGAUACAAGCAGAGCAGGAUCUGAAGCCAAACUAACGGUUGGGCCACUGCAAUGUCAUGGGGACAGUAAGUGUGUCCAUCUCUCUUUAGCAUUGGACAAACAGAAACCUAAAAGCAGAUUGUAUGACAGCCUCACUAUCACCAAAGAAUCUUGAGUGUUUCAUCAAUGUCCUGCUGCUGUUUUCUGAAGGAAACUACUGGAACGCAGCCUCCUUCAGCAGUCCUGCCUCCUACCUGCACUUCCCCUCCUUCAGAGGAGAAACCAGCACUGACAUUUCCUUCUACUUUAAGACCUCCUCUACUCAUGGAGUCUUUCUGGCGAACCUUGGAACCUCAAAUUUCCUCCACAUUGAACUCAGAGGUUUGUCUCUGUGUGAACUCUGCACAAGAUGGUUGAGUCAUAUACUGUUUGCUGACGCUCACUUUGAGACCUCAAAAUAAUGUUGGGUUUGAUUUAUCUCUGUGCCCCCAGGAGGAUCAGUAGUUGUCUUCUCGUUUGACGUGGGCAGAGAGCGGGUGGAGCUCAGUGUCCGCUCACCAGUUCCUCUCAAUGAUGACCAGUGGCAUCGAGUGGAGGCUGAAAAAAACAUCAAGGAGGCGGUGCUGCAGCUUGACGGACAGAGCCGAGAGGUCAGACCCAUGCCCCCUCAGGGACACACAAAACUGGAGUUCUACAGUGAGCUUUAUGUUGGUAAGUCUCAUACACACCUGACACUCUAAUGUUUACAACUGACUGUAUAAACCGCUCUGAGACAUUUUCAACAAAUUUUGAGAUUUGAGGUUUUACAUGAAGAAAAUACAUUUAGGUAGGGAUGGGAAUCGAGAACCGGUUCUUGCCGAGAACCGGUUCCAAAUGGUUCAAUCCAUGGACAUCAUUUACAUUUUAUCUUAACAAUUCGUUUCUUCCCGGCGCCUUGAAAAACAGUCUCGCGAGUGCCAGUCUACGCGAACGGGCACAGGGACAGAGGGAAACCCAUGGCGAACAAUACGAAAAGUCAGCAGAAACGAGCUAAAGCUUGGCUAAAUUUUACUAAGAAAGAUGACAACAGUGCAACAUUUGUCGAACAGUGAUAACAUGCAAAGGUGGGGACAGCAGCAACAUGCUUCAACAUUUGAAAACGAGGCACAGCAGCAAAUAUAAGGAGUCACAUGUAUUCGAUGCUCCCCUCUGGUGUUGUGUUGUGCCGUAGAAUGCAUCCCAUCUGCUCAUUAGCUUCUUAAAGUGGAGGAGAUAUGAUCUUAUAUUUUAAAAAACACGAGUAUUGGAUCAUGACAACAUGUCAAUGGAGCAGCAAACUUUCAUUCUGUUUUUAUGUGUCUCAAAAAUGCACAUAUAGAGAUGUACUUGGGUGUAUAAACUCUACAGUUAGCUGUCAAGGUAGAACUUGGAUUAUUUCGCCUUGUGUACUUUCAACCGCGCUCCCGUCAGGGGUGCAUUCUGCGACACAACACCUAUUGAACACCGGUCGUCAGCCGCUGCUGCCCUGUCUCAGCAUGGCACUGAAGGUACAUAUGUCAGGGUGACCAUAUGUCCUCUCUUACCCUGACAUGUCCUCUUUUGGGGGGCUGUCCGGGGGGAGUUUAUAAAAUCCUUCAAAUGUCCGAAACUUGUAUCCAUUGAUUAUAAAACAGUGCAGUGGAUCAGUGCUCUCUGCAGCUCUGCUCCUACGCUCACUUCUAAGCAAAGCCACUGACGCAACGGUCACAUGCGCUGUCUUUGGAGAUUCAGAAUAAGCCUUUAACUGAGUUAGAGGAGCAUAAAAACUCUCGACCCGACCAAAAAAAAGAAAGAAUGAAAAAAAUAAACCCUCAAAACUGCACACACAAGUCUGCCUCGUGUAGUAAUACAUCUGUGUCUGGAAUCAGAGACUCAAUCAAAUUUUGAGUUAACGGUGAAAACCUAUAGUCUACUUUUUUUUUUAAUCAAAGAAAGGCAUUGAUAAGGGAAUCGUUAAAGAAUUGAAUCGAUAAGCAGAAUCGAUAAUGGCAUCGAUAUCAAUAACAUCUUAUCAAUUCCCAUUCCUACAUUUAGGACCUGCAAAGAUUAAAAAAUGAUGUGAAGAAUGAAGUAUUCGGAAAAGCAUUCUUAAGAAGUAUGAUCAAAAAUGCAAAGUGUUAAUGUGAACUGUUCAUGCCAUGUGUCAUAUCUGCCAGGCGCCUCCAGUGGUCAGAGGGGGUUCCUAGGCUGCAUGCGGGCUCUGAAGCUAAACGGUGUGACCUUUGACCUGGAGGAGAGGGCCAGAGUGACUCCAGGGGUGAACCCAGGUUGCCAGGGCCACUGCAACAAAUAUGGGAUGCACUGCAGAAAUGGAGGGAAGUGUGUGGAACAAUACAAUGGAUAUUCCUGUGACUGCUCCCUCACUGCCUACGAUGGACCCUUCUGCACUGAUGGUAUGUCCUUCAACAAGCACUUCAGAUUAGAUCACAUCAGCAGGUACUUAGAGCUGAUGCUCAUUCGGUCACCCUCUCCUUUGGGGAAAAGAUGCUUGGUGUAAGGAUGCCCAGCCCAUGUUCACACUUUAAAGAAUGGAAGGUCCACACGAAUUAUCAUUUUGACAAGCUUUACUGGUUACAGAUCAGGGUUACAGCUUCAUCAUGACACAAGUGUAACAAAGAUGGGUCUGAGACUGUUCAAGUAUAUAUAGUCGUCCACGUUUCUAAACAUUCUGCUUGCAUCUUGUUGACCUGAAGGAGAGUCCGGGUAAUAACAAAGCACAACACUACUAAUAAUAAUAAUACUGCUACUACACUAUUAAUAUUAAAUUCAUAAUAAUUAUACGACUACUAAUAAUGAUAAUAAUGUGUGUGUGUGUGUGUGUGUGUGUGUGUGUGUGUGUGUGUGUGUGUGUGUGUGUGUGUGUGUGUGUCAGAUGUUGGUGGCUACUUUGAGACAGGAACCCUGGUACGGUACGACUUCUUGCCUGAGGCAGGAACUUCUCUGCCGGAGCCGAAGGCUGUACCCGGUGUUGGUGUUCCCCUUGAGUCGAACCUGACACAGGAGGAGCUGGUGUUCAGCUUUAGCACCUCCAGUGCUCCCAGCAUCCUGGUCUACAUCAGUUCAAGGACUCAGGACUACAUGGCUGUGGUGCUCAGACAUAAUGGUAAGUUUGUCAACAUCCUGCAUGGUCCAUUGUGAUCCAACCUUUAUUCUGGACCAGCUUUUAUUUGACUCCCAGCCGUUAUCCCAGACAGCAUGAGAAACUGAUAUCCUUUGUUGUUUAUUCAGGCACCCUCCAGAUCCGAUACAGUCUUGGGGGGCUAACAGAACCUUACACCAUAGAUGUUGAUCACAGGAACAUGGCCAACGGACAGCCACAUUCUGUCAACAUAACCAGAAACUUAAGAGAAAUACAACUCCAGGUUGGUACUUCCUGCCUCUUGCUGUCAUGUUAUUUCUCUCGUAUUGUUCAUCACCUUUUAACAUGUUUUUCUUAAGAUGCUGGAUAAAUGAAGCUGGGAUUACUAUCAUAAUUAGAGAACUCCCAAAGGAAUGUUUGACAAGGAAAAGUACUAAUCCACUUCCAAAAAGGUUCAUUGAUUUUGAAGGUUUGUGAAGGUUUAACCCUGUAAUUACUUGAAAAUAAUUCACAGACAAUACAUAAAAUAUUUAAACUGAUUUCGUUAUGAAUAGAAUAGGCUAUAUUCUGUUAUAGCAAUAGCAAACAAUAUGACAGAAAAAAACUGACUGAUACCACCCAGAGGAACAUUUCCAAGCUAAUGAGGUUAACUUGAGACAAGUUAGUGACAUGACCGGGUAUUUAGGGUUUAGGUCCUCUUGAAUCAACAUCUGACAUAACUUUGGAAAUCACAGACGCCAUAUUUCCUGCUCUAAACGGGAGAGGGGUCUGGCCAGGUUUAUAUCUACGGGUUUAGGAGCACCAUCCAGGGAUUAUCAUGCGGAAGGCAGCCAGACAACGCCAGACUGCAUUUUGCAUGUACAGUGGAUAUAAAAAGUCUGCACACCCCUGUUCAACUGCCAGGUUUUCAUGAUGUAAGAAAAUGACAGCAAGAUAAAUAUUUCCACAACUUUUUCCACCUUUUAAUGUGACCUAUAAGCUGUACAAUGCAAUUGAAAAACAAACAGAAACCUUUGCCCGAAAAGUUCAACUUUGGUUUCAUCAGACCGUAACACAUUUUCCCACAUGCGUUUGGGAGAUUUCAGAUGUCUUUUUGCAAAAUUAAGCCGGGCUUUGAUGUUUUUCUUUGUAAGAUAAGGUUUCCGUCUUGCCACCCUACCCCAUAGCCCAGACAUAUGAAGACAGCAGGAGAUUGUUGUCACAUGUACUACACAGCCAGUACUUGCCAGAAAUUCCUGCAGCUCCUUCAGUGUUGCUGUCGGCCUCUUGGUAGCCUCCCUGACCAGUUUUCUUCUUGUCUUAUCAUCAAUUUUGGACGGACGUCCUGUUCUUGGUAAUGUCACUGUUGCGCCAUAUUUUCUCCACUUGAUGAUGACGGUCUUUAUUGUGUUCCAUGGUAUAUUUAAUGACUUGGAAAUUCUUUUGUAGCCCUCACCUGACUGAUAUCUUUGAAUAAUGAGAUCCCUCUGAUGCUUUGGAAGCUCUCUGUGGACCAUGGCUUGUGCUGGAAGAUGUGUCUACAAAAAUGUCAGGAAAAGCAACUAGAACAGCUGAACUUAAUUUGGGGUUAAUCAGAGGCACUUUAAUUGGUGACAGGUGUGUGCUGACUCCAAUUUAACCUGAGUUUGAAUGUUAUUGGUCAAAUCUGAACACAGCCACAUUCCCAGUUAUUAAAGGGUGUGCACACUUAUGCAAUCACAUGAUCUCAGUUGUUUAUUUUUACUUCACCUCCCUGAAAGAUUUCUGUUUGUUUUUCAAUUGUGUUGUACAGGUUAUAGGUCACACUAAAGGUGGAAAAAGUUUUGAAAAUAUUUAUCUUGAUUUAAUUUUUUUACGUGACAAAAACCUGGCAGUUGAACAGUGGUGUGUAGACUUUUCAUAUCCACUGUAUAAUGAUUGCAUAGCCCUCAUGGGUUCCCAAAGGUUAACAGACAGUUUAAAAAAAAAAAAAAAAAAAAGUGGUAUGCAACACAAUGUUUUCAAAACAUGUUUCUGGCAUCAAAUUUAAAUGAGAGUAGAUUUUCAUAUUUUCAGUGUUUGACAUGUUUUUGCUCUAUUUUUAAUUAAUUAAAGGGUUUUAAUGGUUUGCAAAUUAUCGAGCUCUGAUGUAACAAACACUUUACUCUGAACCCAACUCUUCUGGAGUUGAGGUUGGUAAAAAGGCUGCCAGUUCAAGUGUAUAGAUGUGUGCAUCACUUCUGUUUACAUGUUCAGUGUCAAGUUUUCUGGCUGGUUGGAAAGUAAAAAUUGCACUCAGUCAGUGCAGUACCUUUGUUUGGAGAAUGUAAGUAAGCAUAAACAUAACUCUUUGGGCUCUAUUUUCGUGCCCACGGGCGGCGCGGUGGACGGUGGCUCAACCCACGCAGUGGUAUUUUCGUCUGAGCCCGACUCACAGCCAGUUUGGUAUUUUUGUAGACUGAGGCGUACCGAGGUGCGCCAAGCUGGGCGUGGUGGCGUGGUAGGGGGAGGUGUUAACAGAAUCGACUGGCACAGUGAUAUUUUUGUGCUUGCCGCUAGCGUGGAAAGUACGCUGAAAGCUCGCUGAUUCAAACCUGGUCAGCUUCCAUUGCAGGUGGAGCGCAACUGGUCUAGUGGUAUUUUGGUAGACGGGCGGUGUAGUGCGCAUACAUCACCCAUGCCUCACUGGCAAGUUUCCACAGUGUCCGGCACAUUUCAGUGCAAUAAAUAAUAAAUAACAACCACCAUUCAGUACAACUAUCUGAGCCAGCACAUACAUUUAGAUCUAUAUCAAUAUAUUCUGAUCUACAUCUUAUCUGUUGAGCGCAUUUGGCAUGCGUUUGGACACUCAACCUGACUGAAUUAACAGCUGAAACUAAAUUAAAUUAAAUAUCCAGUAAACAGAUACACAUGAUGAAGUCAACAAGAUAUUUAAUUGGUCUCCCCCCUUAUUCCCCUUCUUCCUUAUAAUCUCUUGAUCUCUUCGACUACUUCACGAAAAUUGUAAUACGCCUCGCCGGCAGCGGAUUUAAAGGUGAGGAGAGGCGCUGAUGUGAUUGGUGAAAACAGGUCCGGCUGUGUUAAACCCACUCCACGCCUCUCUCCUCCCUCUCUAUGACUUACGCUGCUGGGAGGAGCUGAGUUAGGGAGGGGGGAUACUUGUGCCGGGCUGCGCUGCUCACCAAAAUACCAAAGUGUGCUUGGGCAUGCCUUGUUGGCGCAGCAGACCUGACCUACGCCGUGCCUGUGCCACGCCACCGGCGAGGCACGAAAAUAGAGCCCUUUGUCUGCAGUUAGUAGACCCGGAUGGAGUAACAUACCAGUCUGAGUUUAUCAGGUUAAUUGUGUUAUGUCUGGGCAGCUGUGCUAGCUAACCAAAAUGGAGUAAUAUUUGGACUUCUUGCUUUCUCUUUGUCUGUCUGUAUUCUUUAGCUUGACCACUAUCCAGUCUCCACAUAUAGCCUCCCUGAAGCCUCUGACACCCAGUUCAACUUGAUCAAAAGUAUAUUUCUUGGAAAAGUCUUUGGUGAGUAUUCUGGGGAAAUUGAGUGUGUGUGCAGCUGCAGACAUGGUGAGUGAGUUGUUUGUAUAGGUUUGUAAAGAGUCCUUGUUGCUAAAAACUUAUACUGUAUUGAUGACUGUGGGAGAACUGUGGGGUUAGAUCGUGGGCACGUGUUAGUUCAUGAAUCCAUCAAAUGUAAAUUGAAAGGGCUUCAUGAUAAACCAGCAUCCAUGGAAUAUGGAGGGUCAGCAGAACCAUAAGUCACAAAAAAAACAGUCAUCUUUAAUUCUGCGCACAUAGAUGGUGAUCUGCCUGUAGCUUUUGCAAUUCUUGCAAUUGAACCUACAUAAAUGAGCUAUAAUUUUACUGAAAAGUGAGCUGCUCCAAUCUCCUAACCGCCGCUGCUACCUGCACUGUUGCUAGGGUGACGCUGUCCUGCAUCCUUCCGGACUACAGAGAAACAACAUUAUACAACACACAUCUCACUUUAAUUUUUUUUUUUUUAGAUUGAAUAUUUAUGAUAAUUAUUGACCAUCAAAUAACUUAUUCCCAUUUACUAAACCUAACUUGAAGCUCAAACUUGAGAGUUACUGAUUAAUUGAGCUAUAUGUGUCAUACUUUGAUGUUUUGUCACGUUUGAACUACAUCUUUAGAUGUCAUCUACCUGUUGUCAACAUAACAGAGUAAAGUUUGAAUUUGAAAUUGUGAUUUCAGAUCAGAACAAGAAAUAUUGGUAUGAUUUCUUUAUUACACAAACACGACGAAACAGCCAGAACCAGGUGCAGAUUUUAAUACUAUCUACAAUAGAUUGGAGCUAAAAUAUUGUUAGCAGUUUGCACACAGAUUUAUUCUGCUCAUGUUCCCUGAGUGAGACCCAGUGUCUUUUUGGCCGGUGGUUCUAAAGUCCAGUCCUCGAGGCCCACUGUCCUGCAUGUUUCCGAUGUUUCCCUGCUCACCUGAUUCAAAUGAUCAGCUCGUUAGUAAGCCAUUACAGAGCUUGAUAACGAGCUGAUCAUUUGAAUCAGGUGUGUUGGAGCAGGGAAACAUCCAAAACAUGCAGGACAGUGGGCCUCGAGGUCUGGACUUGAGAACCACUGAUUUAGGCCACUUCAGUUCCGGGGAUCUACAAAAGAUAAAUCAUGUCAUCAUGGUUAUUGUAUGUCCACUUUAACAUUGAGACACAUCCUCUGAACUCUAACUCAACAGCGUCCUAAUAGUAAUAAUCCAGCUAAUGUGCAUUUACUGCUCUGUUUGGCCAUCAUAUCAGCCUGUUCCCUUUUAAGAUUAUUUAGGUCAUGUUGUAAAUUAUCUGAUGUGCAGAAAGUUAGGGUGUUUGGCUUUUUUUUUUUUUUUUUUUUGGGGGGGGGGGGGGGGGGGGGGGGUAUUUCCAUCAUUACUGCUUAUUUUCCGCCUCCUAAACUUCAGGAAAGAAUCAUCAAGACUUUGGAUGUUCAAUUCUAAGGCCCUGACAUGUUUAAAAAGACAAGAAUGAAAGAAUAUUACACACUUUGGGAUCUUCAGUCUCUGUUUUAACUGAUCUUAUGCAGAGUUAAAAAUCCUUGUGUGUUUCUUAUAGAAACAGGACAAAUUGACCCCAUCCUGAUUGAGCGCUACAACACACCGGGUUUCGUGGGCUGUCUGUCGAGAGUUAAGCUGAACAGUGUGGCUCCAUUAAAAGCUGCACUGCGAUCAAGCAUGGCAGCCCCUGUUAGCACCCACGGGAUUCUGGUGCCCUCCAACUGUGGAGCCUCACCCCUGACCAUCUCCCCUAUGGCCGCGGCUAGUGACCCCUGGCACCUAGAUGCAGGUAGAGACAGAACGAUAACACUGAUGGACAAUGAUCACAAAUCAAAUGUGUCUGGUAAAUCCAAGUGAUGCUCAAUAUUUGCUCUGUUUGAAGCAGGCGCUGUUUUUCCCUUCAAUGAGAACAAAACCAAGAGUGAUGAGGUGGACCGCAACUCUGCAAUAAUUGGAGGUAAAACCUUUGAAUCUCUUCACUGAUACGUUUUCUGAUCUAAUUAUUUGUUUACAGUGGAUCCAUAGAGAUUGAAUUUAAAGCAGCAGGGCAGGAUUUCAAACUGGAGCUGGACUUUUAAAGCUACAGGUGCUUAGGAAAGAGGAAUAUUAAAAAGAAUGGAUGUGUCUUCAUACUUGAACCUCAGAGUCUGUUCAUAGAAAUGACUGAUAAGCAAGUAUACAUUAUUUGUAUCGCAACGUGCUUCACAUAGACAAAAAUAAAAAUGUACAUACAAAUUAAAAGGCCAAGACAACGACAUUAAACAGUCAUAGCAGCCCCAAAAACAGUUAAACAGAUGCCUGAGCGAAUAAAUAAGUUUUGAGUUGGCUUUUAAAGGAGUCAAUAGAGUCAAUUAAGGGCAGAGAGAAAGGAAGAUCAUUCCAAAGCCUGGGGGCAACAGCCUGGAAGGAUCGGUCUCCUCUGGUCCGAAACGAGUGCGCAGAGCCAUCAGCAGAUUCUGAUCCACGGACCUCAGAGCCCGAGAGGGGGUGUAAGGCUGGAUCAGAUGACAAAUAUAAGAUGGAGCCUGACCAGGCAGCCAGUGUAGUGCUUUAGGAAUAGGGGAUAUGUGAGUCCUCCUAUUAGCGCGGGUUAGAAUUCUUGCUGCUGAGUUUUGCACUAAUUGAAGACGAGACAACAAACUCUUACAGUCGUCUAAAUGUGGCGACACAAAGGCAUGAAUGAUGAGCUCCAAGUCAUUUUGUGACACCAUUUUCUUAAGCUUAGAGAUUUUCCUCAGUUGAAAGAAGUAGUUUCUUGUCAGCUGGUUCCAGUGUUGCACUAAGGGCGUGUCUUUGUCAAAGAUGACACCCAGGUUUCUUAGGCUAGGUUUAGCUGACUGGCCUAAGUCACCAAAGAACUGUUUAAUCCCCGGAAUUAAAUCAUCAGGGGCAAUAACCAGUGUUUCCGUUCUGUCAGCAUUUAGCUGCAAAGAGUUUUCACCAAGCCAUUUUUUAAUUUCCUCAAAGCACUGGACUAAGGAGUUAAGCUUCUGCAGCUCCGUAGGCUUAAAGGAGCAGUAAAGCUGGUUAUCAUCAGCAAACAGGUGGAAUAACACAUCACUGAACCUUCGGAUGAUCUUUCCCAAGGGGAUCAGGUACAGCAAAAAUAACACAGGACCCAAAACGGAACCUUGAGGGACACCACACAACAGAUUCCACUGAAUCGGACCUAAUAUGGUUAGCUGUAACACUUAAGCUACAACCAGAUAAAUAGGAGGAGAACCAAUUCAGGACUAGCCCUGAUAGACCAACUUGAUCCCUCAGUCUUCUCAGCAGGAUAAGGUGAUCAACAGUGUCGAAGGCUGAGGACAGAUCCAAGAGAACUAGAACGGAGCAUUUUCCAGAGUCGGCCGAUAUCAUACUGUCGCUGAUCAUUUUGAUUUGUUUACAGGCAUCAUCUCCAUGGUGAUCUUCAUUGUCCUUGGGAUCAUGGUGUUUGUGAUCCGUCAUCUCUUCCGUCAUAAAGGCUCCUACCACACCAAUGAGGCAAAGGGGGCGGAGUCAGCAGACUGUGCCGACGCAGCAAUCAUCGUCAAUGACCCUGCAUUCACUGAGACGAUAGACGAGAGCAAGAAGGAGUGGUUCAUUUGA